GAGGCGGGGGAUAGGCGGCGUGUGGAGGAGCAGCAGCAGCCGGACUCCGAGCUCACACCGCACCGCGCGCCGCUGCAGGAUGACGGGUCCGGAGCAGACGGAGAGCCCGCGGGCAUUGCUGAGCGCGCUGAGCCGCGGGAAGGGGCUGCAGUUCGGCUGCAGUCUGGCGGUGACCUGCCUGCUGGUGCUGGUGGCUCGGCGGCUGGUGAAGCAGCGCAGACCGCGCGGGUUCCCCCCCGGCCCCGCGCCGCUGCCGCUCAUCGGGAACAUCCUCUCGCUGGCCGUGGAGCCGCACGUUUACAUGAAGAACCAGAGCGAGACUUAUGGACAGAUCUUCAGUCUGGACCUGGGAGGGAUCUCUACCGUCAUACUGAACGGCUACGAUGCCAUUAAAGAGUGCCUUUAUCACCAGAGCGAAGUGUUCGCCGACCGGCCGUCUCUGCCUCUGUUCCAGAAGAUGACCAAAAUGGGAGGACUCCUCAACUGCAAAUACGGCCGCGGCUGGAUCGAGCACCGCAAGCUGGCCGUCAACAGCUUCCGCUACUUCGGCAGCGGGGAGGCCAUGUUCCAGAGGAUCUCAGAGGAGUGCAUGUUCUUCGUGGACGCCAUCGACACACACAAGGGCAAACCCUUCAACCCCCAACACCUGGUCACCAACGCCGUGUCCAACGUCACCAACCUGGUGAUAUUCGGCCAGCGCUUCACCUACGACGACCGGGACUUCCAGCACAUGAUCCAGAUCUUCAGCGAGAACGUGGAGCUGGCGGCCAGCGCCUGGGCCUUCCUCUACAACGCCUUCCCCUGGAUCGAGUACCUGCCCUUCGGGAAACACCAGAAGCUCUUCAGAAACGCCAACAAGGUGUACGACUUCCUGCUGCAGAUCAUCGAGCGCUUCUCCCAGGGCAGGGUGCAGCACUCGCCGCGGCACUACAUCGACGCCUACCUGGACGAGAUGGAGCAGAGCGCCGGCGACGAGGCCACGUCUUUCUCCAGGGAGAACCUCAUCUUCUCCGUCGGGGAGCUCAUUAUCGCCGGAACCGAGACCACCACCAACACCCUGCGCUGGGCCAUGCUCUACCUGGCGCUGUAUCCCAGCGUACAAGAGAAGGUCCACAGGGAGAUCGACAGUGUUUUAAAUGGCAGAGCUCCAACCAUGGAGGAUAAGCAGAGGAUGCCGUACGUGGAGGCGGUGCUGCACGAAGUUCUGCGCUUCUGCAACAUCGUUCCUCUGGGAAUCUUCAGAGCCACGUCUCAGGACACGGUGGUGCGAGGAUACACCAUCCCUCGAGGAACGAUGGUCAUCACCAACCUGUACUCCGUGCACUUCGACGAGAAGUACUGGCGGGAACCCGGCGUCUUCUGCCCGGAGAGGUUCCUGGACAACAACGGAAACUUUAUGAGACAAGACGCCUUCGUGCCGUUUUCAGUGGGCAGACGUCACUGUCUGGGUGAGCAGCUGGCACGGAUGGAGAUGUUCCUAUUCUUCACCACCCUCCUCCAGCGGUUCCGCCUGCAGUUCCCUCAGGGCUGCAUUCCCAGCCUCCGCCCGAAGCUGGGCAUGACUCUGCAGCCCCUGCCCUACUCCAUCUGCGCCGUCAGGAGACAGCAGUAAAGCUGCAGACUCUCACCUCAGGGGACUUUACUGGGAAAACUCGUGCAGCACGGCUCCUGCGUCGCAUUUACUGCACGGGGGGACUGACCCCUGCCGCUGACUCUCGCUAAUCAUUCGUCCAAGGUUUCCGCGGAACUUCGGCCGACGAGAGACGCGAUAAGAGCCGGGGCGGGGGGGGUCACGCGGACGGGAGGCGUGGAGUCGUGUGAGGGUAUACGCACAGCUGGAUUCAUCUGGAUUCAGGACGAACUUCUCACGCAGCUGGCCACGCUCCGUCAAUCAUUCACAGAGUUUACCUCUCCACCACUUUCACAGUGUUCCUCGAAAUGAGAACACGCGGUUCCCUGCGUUCUGCAGCCGCCAAGCUGAAGCAGAGCAGCUGCCUUUCCCAGAAAGCUCCCGGGAUCUCAGCCACACGUACCCAUCAUCAGCACUGAACCAACAGCGGCCUUCUGAUUUAUCUCAGCGCAGAGCUCCACGUCUGGGUCCAAGUCUGGGUCUCCUAAGGUCUUGAUAUUAUUUCCUCACGUUAUUUCAUCUCCUGGUGCUGCCGUUAGUAGCUUGUGUUAUAUUAUAAACUGUAUUAAAGUCUAAAGCUGCUGUUUCCAUGUGGGUCAGCCAGACGUCUGUCUUCCUGUAGCAGUUUUUUUAAUCCAGUUU